AAACCCCUGAACUUGAGAUUGAGAGGCCAUGGAGGACAAUAACCUGGGAAUUACUGAAGAGGACGGAGCUGAUGGACGACAUUAAAACCUUCAAGCCCACAGUCGGCUCUGUGUCUCAGGCUCGAGUUUUGCUCGUUGGACCAGUUGGAGCUGGAAAGUCCAGCUUCUUUAACUCCAUCAACUCUGUGUUCAGAGGCCAUGUCACCAGCCAGGCCAUGUCUGGCUGCUCCAGCACCAGCCUCACCACACAGUUUCGCACCUACUCUGUGAAAGCUGGACGAGAAGGCAAACCUCUGCCAAUCAUCUUGUGUGAUACCAUGGGAUUGGAGGACAGCAAAGGGGCGGGGCUUGAUAUAGAUGACAUCAGCAGCAUCCUGAAAGGUCAUCUGCCAGACUGUUAUCAGUUCAACCCCUCAGCUCCUCUGCAUUCAAAGGGGAGGCAGAGAUUCGCCCAGGCUGUGUACAGCCGGGGAGGAGAACAGCUGACCCAGACUGGGGAUCUUGUUGAGCUGUGGAAGGAGCACUUCAAGGAACUCCUGAACCCGGUAAACACGUCCUCUGCUAAGGGGGCAGAGCCUGAGGACUCGGAGGUUUCUGUGUCCAUAUCCAUGGUAGAGGUCGCCAAGCAUUUUGUAAAUGUUCUUUCUGCUCUUGUGUCUCCAGGGGUUCCUCAGCUGGUCCUGCUCACUAAAGUAGACGAAGCCUGUCCUUUGGUGAAAAAGGAUGUGAGAAACGUUUAUAAGAGCGGCUACAUUAAGGAACUGAUGCAGAAGGUCAGCACUCGGCUCGGCGUGCCGUUGUCCUGUGUUGUUCCAGUGAGGAACUACAGUGAAGAGUUGGAGUUGGACUUGAACUGCGACAUCCUGCUGCUCAGCGCCAUCAUUCAGAUGCUUCGCUUUGCUGAUAAUUACUUUGAUGAUGUCAGUGACCGACUGAGUGAAGUAAAACUCAAAGAGUAGGAAGGGUUUGUACAGCAGAUGUAACAACCUGAGCAACUGAUGAAAUGUCCCUCACAAUGAUCCAUACAUGUGCCAACACAUGGUCCUGCUAUGUGCCAGUUCACUGUGUUAUCAGAAUUAGCAGGACAGACCAGGAUUCCUCUCCUCACUAAAGAUUUCCAAGAAUACUGUGAGCACAGUGUCUCUGCGUUGUCCUCAGAUGUCCGCUGUCUGUCUUAGGAAAGUCAGUGAUCUGAUCCUCAGUUUAACUGUGUCCCUGAGCUGCAAAAUAUCCAGUUUUCUUUGUAUCAGUAGGAAAUGAGUAGUUUAUAAAGAGUGCCAUGUAAUUGUUAUGUUAUCAGUCUCAUAACAGUAAUUAUCAUUUAUACAUUUGAUGUUUUAAUUACGCUGUUGGCUCAUAACAGGAUAUUUCAUCAGAAGUAAACAAGUGGGCUUAAUACAGUGGUGUAAUGACUUCGGACAUGUACACACUCCUGGCUCACAUUUAUGUUCACAAAUAUAUAAUUAUAUAAGCUACUCUACUCAAAAUAGCAAUAAAUGAAAACGUACCUUUACAUUGGAGUUGUGUCAUUUCCAGCAUGCUUUUCUGAUUUCCUUACAUUUUGUACAACUUACAUAAUGCAGGUUAUAUAUAAAUCAAUGUACUUCAGCUGCAACUAGAUCUGUCAUCGUUACUAAACUUUAUUCAUUCAAUGGGGUUCAUUGGAAAGGUUUGUGAUACUUUGGUGUGACGUCAAUAUAGACAAUAUGUGUGUGUGUGUGUGUUUUCCAUCAACUUUGUAGCAAUGGGACUUUGUUUCAGGGUUUGUCAGUGACUCUAAUGGCUCUUGCAUUUAUGUUAACUUGACAAUUUGUGAUUGUUAAAAAGAGAAAUAAAAGCAUAUCUACUCAAAUGCA